UGUCUGCAUUGUGCAGGCUUCUGCAAGAGCGGGCGGCAUCUUGGGGGUCCCGUCUGGUCAGAAGAAGGGUGGUCCUACCGGAAGCCACGGUGCAAUGAGGUCCCUGGAGGAAGAUCCUAUAUGCUGCACUGUGCCUGGAAUCCAUGGACCUGACUCAUUCAGCCAAAACAAGAAAUGAAUGACCAGGAAGCAGAAGGGCCCUAUGUCGAGUGAUGCUGAAUACGUUCUUCUGCCAGAGACGGUGAAAUCAUGGGAAACGCAGAAAGCCAAAAUGUAGAGCAAGCUUUGUACAGUAAAGAGCAUCCAAGCUUGGGCCGCAAGCACACCUCUCGCUCUCUUCGUAUCUCCAACAAAGGUUCGCGCCGUACGAGGCAUGCUUCUUCUGGGAAACCGGUACACCGUAAUUCAGAAGUUAGCAACAGGUCAAGUAGUACCCCCAGCAUCCCACAGUCUCUUGCAGAAAAUGGCUUGGAACCCUAUACUCGGGACGGCAUCCUCGAUGACUAUGAUAGCCGAGGAUGGGCCGACAUGGGCAUGAGACCAGUUUCCUAUCACACAGAUUCUUCCGUCACUCCUAGUCUGAACAGCAGCACAGUCCUCACCGCAGCGUCCGUACAGAGUAUGCAGGACUCUGAAGAGGGUAGACUCUACGGGGAGGAAUCUGCCUAUUACCCCGAUGGAAGCAGUCGAUCUCAGCUGUAUUUAACCAACGGGCCCAACCUCUUGGACGCUGCCAGUUUUAAGAAGAAACGCUCAAAAUCCGCAGAUAUAUGGAGGGAGGACAGCUUAGAGUUUUCACUCUCGGACCUGAGCCAAGAACACUUAACUAGCACCGAGGAAAUUUUAUGUUCCACCGAAGAGAAGGAUUGCGAGGAAACCCUAAGAGCUGACCCGGGAGACUCUACCACCCAGUUGGACUCUUCCCAACGUGCCAACUCUUUAACAGACUUGUACCCACAGAAAAGCCAGCUUGCCACCAUCAAUGGUGUCCCCAGGAAAAAGUUCAUGAUCUACUGUCGAAACUUGGUGUCUCACUUGCCAGAAACCGUCCAGUACAAAUCGUCGCCCCCUUCGGCCAAUGAGGCGCCGUCCUACAGCAGUUAUAACACCCUUCCCUGCCGAAAGUCUCACUGUCUUUCCGAAGGUGCCACGAACCUGACCCUCAGUCACAGCAACAGCAUGCACGGGCGCAGGGCGAAAACUACUCAGGAUGUCAACACCGGCGGCGAAGGGAGCGAGUUUACAGACAGCGGCAUCGAUGCAACCACCGCUGACACGGACUUUACGUCACGUCGCUCUAAUGCCACCAUGUCCAGUUACUCGCCCACCACAAGCCGAGCCUUUAUCGGAAGUGACAGCGGCAGCAGCUCAGGAGAUGCCCUCCGCCAAGGAGUCUAUGAGAACUUCCGUCGAGAGCUGGAGAUGAGCAGCUCCAGAAGGGAGAACUUGGAAGAGGCCAGUUCAGCAAUGAGCGACGAGCAAAGCAGCGGCACUUUAAGCUCCCCAGGCCAGUCUGACAUUCUCCUGACUGCCGCCCAAGGAACCGUGCGGAAAGCUGGGGCGCUGGCCGUGAAGAACUUCCUGGUGCACAAGAAAAAUAAGAAGGUGGAGUCUGCCACCCGGAGGAAGUGGAAGCAUUAUUGGGUCUCUUUAAAAGGGUGCACUCUGUUCUUCUACGAAAGCGACAGCCGCUCUGGUAUAGAUAACACCAGUAUCCCGAAGCAUGCCGUGUGGGUGGAGAACAGCAUCGUACAGGCUGUGCCAGAGCAUCCCAAGAAAGACUUUGUAUUCUGCCUCAGCAACUCGCUCGGUGAUGCCUUCCUCUUUCAGACGAGCAGUCAGACCGAGCUAGAGAAUUGGAUCACGGCCAUCCACUCUGCCUGCGCCACCACCGUGGCUAGACAGCACCACAAGGAGGACACGGUCAAGCUCCUCAAGUCUGAAAUCAAAAAGCUGGAGCAAAAAAUCGACAUGGAUGAGAAGAUGAAGAAGAUGGGAGAAAUGCAGCUUUCUUCAGUAACGGACGCCAAGAAGAAGAAAACCAUCUUGGACCAGAUCUUUGUCUGGGAGCAGAAUCUUGAGCAGUUUCAGAUGGACCUGUUCCGGUACCGCUGCUAUCUCGCCAGCCUGCAGGGUGGCGAGCUGCCAAACCCAAAACGCUUACUGGCUUUUGCAAGCCGACCAACUAAAGUUGCCAUGGGGCGUCUAGGGAUCUUCUCGGUGUCUUCAUUUCAUGCUCUAGUGGCCGCCCGUACCGGAGAGUCCGGUGUCAGGAGACGAACACAAGCAAUGUCCAGAUCUGCCAGUAAGAGGAGGAGCCGGUUUUCUUCUCUAUGGGGUCUUGACACAUCUUCUAAGAAGAAACAAGGGAGGCCAAGCAUUAACCAGGUAUUUAAUGAUGGAUCAGAGCCUGUCAAGAAGUCCCUGGAGGGUAUCUUUGACGAGACCACCUCUGAAGACAAGAAGGAAAAGGAGGUGGUUCUGACCAGCGUCCACCCUCACAAUCCCGACACCGACAUGUGGGUCCACGACUAUCUAACGCCUUCCUGGGUUUGUUUGCCAAACGACCAGUCUAUCCUGAUCGUAAUUCACCCCGAGGACACCGCUAAGGAUGCCUUAGAGUUUAUCUGCAAGACUCACAAGUUGGACUACAACGCUCAUUAUCUUCGCCUGAAAUUCUUAAUUGACAACCAACCCCGGCACUACAUUCCGAAACACGAAGAGGAGAUCUACGAGUUGCUUUAUAAAGAAAUCGAGAUUUGUCCGAAAUGCAUGAAAUACAUAAAGCUUGAAAAGAUCGAGCCUUCAGACAAUUUUGGAUUCUCUUUGUGCUCAGUGGAAGAAGAAGGCAGGCACCAUCUGUAUAUUAAUAAUGUCAGAGAGUCCGGCUUGGCCGUUAAGAAAGGUCUUAAAAUAGGAGAUGAAGUGAUGGAGGUCAACUCGGCCACCGCCCGGGACCUGAAUUCUUCCAUGCUCAAACACCUUCUGGCCAAACCUUUAUUGUGCCUUACUGUCCGCACCUGCCCUGAUCUGGACGAGAGUCAGUCACUGAAAGAGGCGCCUCCUCGCCGAUCAGAGGCGGACUGCAAUGACUACACUCUCUUCAGUGGUCGAGGUUGCAGCCUAGACGACACCUACACCGAAACCACUCCGGAGGAGAUAGAGGUCCAGCUGGAGGUGUCAGACGAGACGGAUGCAAUAAACAAAAGCACAGAGCAGGUUGCAGCGUUUUGUCGCAGUCUCAAUGAGAUGAAUACUCCAGAUUCCUGCCUGAGCCCCUCGGAAUUCACGGGACCCCAGCUGGCGACCAUGAGGCAAUUAACAGACGCCGACAAAUUGCGCAAGGUCAUUUGCGAGCUGCUGGAGACGGAGCGCACCUAUGUCAAGGACCUCAACUGUCUCAUGGAAAGAUACCUCAAACCGCUGCAGAAGGAGACGUUCCUCACCCAAGACGAGCUUGAUGUGCUCUUUGGCAAUCUGGUCGAGAUGGUGGAAUUUCAGGUUGAAUUCCUUAAAACUCUGGAAGAUGGGGUCAGGCUGGUACCGGACCUGGAGAAACUUGAAAAAGUAGACCAGUUUAAGAAAGUCUUAUUUUCCCUGGGAGGAUCUUUUCUGUAUUAUGCCGACCGGUUCAAGUUGUACAGUGCCUUCUGUGCCAGCCAUACAAAGGUCCCUAAAGUGUUAGUGAAAGCUAAAACGGACCAGAAUUUCAAAGCAUUUUUGGACGCUCAGAACCCGAAACAGCAGCAUUCGUCCACCCUGGAGUCCUACCUGAUCAAACCCAUCCAGCGCAUCCUGAAAUACCCGCUACUUCUGAAGGAGCUGUACUCCCUGACCGAUGCCGAGAGCGAGGAGCAUUACCAUCUGGAUGUGGCCAUCAAGACCAUGAACAAGGUUGCGAGUCACAUUAAUGAGAUGCAGAAGAUACACGAGGAAUACGGAGCCGUGUUUGAUCAGCUUAUAGCAGAGCAGACUGGAGAAAUUAAAGAGGUUGCAGAUCUGUCCAUGGGGGAUUUAUUAUUGCACAAUACCGUCAUAUGGCUUAAUCCUCCGGCGUCACUGGGGAAGUGGAAAAAGGACCCUGAACUAGCGACUUUUGUGUUUAAGACUGCUGUUGUGCUGGUAUACAAAGACAGCUCCAAGCAAAAGAAGAAGCUGGGUGGCUCACACCGCGCAUCUAUGUUCGAGGACCGAGAUCCAUUUCGAUUUAGGCAUAUGAUUCCUACAGAGGCUUUGCAGCUUCGGGCUCUGACGACUUCAGAUGCAGAGACAAACUCAGUCUGUGAAAUAGUCCAUGUUAAAUCUGAAUCAGAGGGACGACCAGAACGAGCAUUCCACUUAUGUUGCAGUUCUCCGGAUAGUAAGAAGGAGUUCCUGAGGGCCGUACACUCCAUCCUGCGAGACAAGCACAGGAGGCAGCUUCUGAAGACUGAGAGCCUCCCCAACUCUCAGCAAUACGUCCCGUUUGGCGGAAAGAGGUUGUGUGCACUAAAGGGAGCUCGUCCUGCCAUGAACAGAGCAGUCUCCGCACCAAGUAGGUCUCUUGCUCGAAGGAGACGCCUCGUGAGGAAUAGAUUUACGAUAGACUCUGACAUGGUCUACCCGACAAGCCCUGACAAGGAACCUGAAACAGAGACUGAACCUAAACCUUCUCAGCAGACGACCGGCAACGGUGACACGGACCGCUGGGUGGAGGAACAAUUUGAUCUUGCUCAGUACGAAGAGCAAGAAGAUGUUAAAGAAACUGACAUUCUCAGUAGUGACGAUGAGUACUGCGAAUCCAUCAAAAGUGGCUCCAUGGAAAAAGAUCUAAGCGAUCAACUAGAAGCCACCUCCAUAUCCAGUAACCCGCUGAAUAGCAUUGUCGAGAGCACGAUGAGCACCCAUGCUUCCCGUAUGACUCAGCUGAAGAAGCAGACUGCGUUUUCUGGAAUGAAUGGCAGCAUCGAGAGCACCACAGAGGAAGUCAUAUGGGUGAAACGAGAAGACUUUGUGCCUGCCAGGAAACUCAACACAGAAAUAUGAAGCUGUCGCUUUAUAUGCUAUAAAAGGGUCCGAUCAGGUGACGGCUUACCCCUCCAUGCACUGUGGAAUCAUGAUCCUCUAGACUGCAGACUUGCACACACUCACACACACAACAUUGGCAGCUAAAAAUCUGGCCAACGAGCCAGAACUGGUUACAAUAAAGCAAAAGCAAAAUCGUGUUACACAAGUCCGCUCCUCCAGGUUGAGGGGGGGGGGGAUUAGACUUCUUAUUCUGUUUAUUUAUUCUAAAAUAUAAUCAGGGUUGGACAGAAAGCGUAAUGUACAAAGCAUGGCAAAAAUGACGAGAGGCGACGCCUACAGUUGUGUACAAAGAAAGAGCACAAAUUGGUAACGGGAUUUGUGUCGUGACUGCUCAAUCCCUUCUUUGUCCCCGGCGCGUUUCCCUGGUUAAGAUAUUGCUGUGUUUCUCCUCCUUUGCCCCAUCAAUGUUACGCUUCAGUAGCUCUGUAUUUAAAAAAAAAAGUGUUUUUGAAGGAUAGUUUUGGAAUUUUUCUUGCAAACCUGUUACUUUUCCCCUUUUUGCUGGUUAUUUCAGUCAUGUGCGACUUUUACAUUAAUUUUAGAAAAAAAAUUUAAAAAAAUAAAAAAUUGUAACCAUGCCAAACUCUUCCCACAGACACAGAUGUAAAACUUGAAAAAAAAGUUCUAUAGAACUCUAUUUUUUGUUUUAUUUUUUAAUUUAUACCUUUUUAAAAAUUCAGGGACCCCAAGGGAUACGGAGGCAUUUUACAUUUUAAGCCUACAGAAGUACAGAUGAUCUAAUCUUUCUUAGAGAAUAGAACACGCUAGUUUUAUACGCAUAUAUAUAUAUUUAAUAAGGAAAGUCACCGAUGAGGGCGUCCAUAAAUCUACAUCAAACAUACCCUUAUUUUUUAAAGUCGUACUUGCAUUCAAGUAGCAAUACACCUCCUUGAGCCUGACCACUUCAUGGACCAUUUGAGUAGGACAUCUUUUGCACUUAGCAUAAGUUAUGUUCCCACUUUCCAAUCUUUCCUCACUUGACCAAUUUUUUCUUUCCUGCACCAAACAACAUGGCGGCCCAGCAUCUCAUCUAUAUAUUUUUUAAAAUGUAAUCGAGCCUAUCUCUGUUGUGAGAGAUUUUGACACCAUCGUGUUGUGCAGAGUUUGACAUCUACAUGUUGUGAUUACUUGGUCGAAAUAGCUACUUAAUAUCUUAGGUGCCAGAGGAACCUAAUGGGAAGGUUUAAAAAGGACAUGACCCAUGGUUUACUGGCACAGUAAGAUUUAAGGCCAAUGUACAUGACGCUAGCUAUGGUUCCAUUGUGACGUAUAGAAGUGAGGACGUGACUUUGCUAUGACUUUGCCGCUUUGCAAUCUUAGUACAUCCUAUUUUUUUUUUGUUGGUGUGACAGUGAAUUUUGCAAUCCAUGAGCAAAGCUUUUGAAAAAUAUAUAUAAAAAAAAGAUCCUUUCCUUCGUAAAUCUAUUGUUCGAUGCCAUCUGCAGUCCACUUGUGUGAGCCCCCUAAUUUAAUAUUCGGAGGUGAACAGUCCUGUGGUGUACUGUAACCAAGCAGAAUAUGGUCAAUUGUGAAAAACUGGAAAGUCCGGUGCUUGACUAGGUACCAGUGUAUGUACAUACGGUCAUGACAUGUCUAUGUCAGAUGUUCUUAUAUAUUUCUUUUAUAAGCUGAAAGAAGGUCUAUUUUUAUGUUUUUAGGUCUAUGAAUGAAAAGUUGUAAAUGCUUGUCAAACAAUAAAAAUAUGAUAUUAAUAUCA